AUGAGAAUCAUAUUAUUUACUAUUAUUUUUUGUUUAUUCGAUGUGAUUUACUCAAACUACUAUGAAGAGGCGAAAAAACAGCAGGUCACUGAGGAAUUUGAACCAGUUACAGUGUCAGUCAAGAACUCUCUAUCCAAGAACAUAAACUGCGAUGAUUUUUCGUUAUAUGCACUUAAUUGUACGACGGAGGCUGCGCUUGUGUAUGAUUCGAGUCGGAUGACGCCACCAGUACCAUCGAAGCUAACCGAUUGGUGUAGAGCAAUUAAGCACCUUAUUAACUGCGCGUUAGAUUGGAAAGUCGAAUGCAAUGUAGUGAGUGAAAGUCAUUUCAAUGAAGACAGCAUACGGGGUCACAUACACGUUGCCAACAACAUCUGUGAUGAUGAGCUGUUUCAAAUACGAUACAUGGAGUUAUCAGCCUGUAUAGAAAGUUCCCAGGACUCUUGGGAGGUGUGUUAUAAAAGCUUUAAACACACUGUGGAGGAACAACAAAAUACAACCCACGAAUGGACACAUUAUGAAGUGCAUUUUUACUUAUGCUGUGCAAGGGCUAGAUUUCGUAGGUGUACGCUCGAGUCGUUAUUUGAAAAAGCAACAGCUUGCUCACAUUUGGAAGCCAUCACGUUGCAAAAGUUCUCCGUGAUUGUUUCGGAAGGUGGAGUGUAUCAGGUCAGCCAAAUAUUCCUUGGAAUAUCUUAA